CUCCGCGGCGGCGCCAUGUUUCUCCUACAGCAGUAGCAACGCUCCACCCACGCCCCAUGAGAGCGCGAGACCACCAGCUCCAUGUCCGAGUCUGGAAAGGCUGAGCCGCCGCGCCAGCCGUCACCGAGCGACGCGCCCAGCAACCCCACGGCCGCCGCCGCCGACGAUGCGCAGCCGCCGCAACACAGCAGCGAGCAGCGAGACGGCGCCGAACAGGUUGACUUCGCCAAUCCCACGCUGAGCGUCAUUGGCAAUGCCUCGCGCAGCCCCUCGUACAGCGGCGCCACCUCGCCGUCCAGGGAAGGCACGCCGCCGCCGCUGCCCCCGCGGCCGCGACCGCAACUGGGCGUCCCUGCCUUUUCUCCACGGCCAGCUUCCUCGCACUCGGUCAGACACGCGCCGUCGCGGCCGCAGCUCGUCUCUAAGGCCACGACACAGCUCUCUUUCACCAACACCCAGGCCUUCGGCAGCGACCCGUGGGACGACUCAGCAUCGCCGGCAUCCUCGAAGCCACGCCACGUCCGCCCCCGCACGUCGUCCAACGCCCUGAGCGAUGCUUCUGACAGCGCGAGCCUCCGCAGCUAUGCGCCAACGAUAGCCGAAGCGGGCGGUGAGAGCAUUCUGGGCGAGGUCAUGGGAGCGACCGAGAAAUCGAAGCAGGAGGAGACGCUCCUGCGCGCACUGGGACACAGAUUCGAGGACUCGGAGGCACAGAGCAUGUUCCCGCCCGACCCCGCUUUUGAGUCGUCUUUCGACAGCGAGUUCGAAGACGUAGACGACAUGGCAGCAGACGGGUCAAACGAAGAACAAGUCAUGCGCCAAUGGCGAGCCAAGCUCAAGCACUUCCUGAUCCUCUCGAGCGCAGGGAAGCCCAUCUACAGUCGUCACGGUGACGACCAGCUGAUCACGAACUAUAUUGGCGUUGUGCAGACCAUCAUCUCCUUCUACCAGUCCACGAAAGACACCCUGCGUGGCUUUACAGCAGGCGACGUCCGCUUCGUCGUCAUGUCAAAGGGCCCGCUGAAUCUUGUCGCAAUCACACGCCUGGCUGAGAGCGAUGCUCAGCUGCGCACCCAACUCGAAGCCUUGUACAUGCAGAUCCUCUCUACACUCACACUCCCUAGUAUGGAACGCAUGUUCGCAGCACGCGCCAACUACGACCUACGGCGACCUUUGCAAGGCACCGAGACGCUCUUGUCUGCACUCGCAGACGGCUUUACAAGAGGCUCACCUUCGACGUUGCUCUCAGCACUCGAGUGCCUAAAGCUACGCAAGUCCCACCGCAACACCAUCAACAACACUCUCCUCAAGACGCGCUCCGAUCAUCUGCUCUACGGUCUCAUCGUUGCGUCGGGCAAGCUGGUGUCCGUUGUACGGCCGAAGAAACACUCCUUGCACCCUGGCGAUCUGCAUCUGAUUUUCAAUAUGCUAUUCGAAGCAGGCAGCGUCAAGGCUGGAGGCGGUGAGAACUGGAUACCCCUGUGUCUGCCCGGGUUUAACAAUACUGGGUAUCUGUACAUGUAUGUGAGCUUUUUGAAUCUGCAGAAUCCUGGCGAGCAGAUGGAAGAACGCCCAAGGACGAGAGACGGCGGUGAGGAUGAGGUUGCCGUUCUGCUGAUCAGCGCGGACAAGGAGAGCUUCUUCGAGAUGAGAAGAAUGCGAGACAAUCUGGUCGAGUGUAUUCUACGACCCAAAGCCCGGACCUAGACAAUCUCUCGACGAUGAGAUGCGUUCGCAGAACGUCGAACAUUGGGGAUCAAGCAGUACUUCGAGCAAGCUCAAUCCCUUAGCUUGUGUGUGAUGCCUUACAAAUGGGGUCUGCGCAAUGUUCUCAUGACCUACCUGAACGUUAAGAGUCAUCUGCUCUAAUGUUGUUCAACGGCCCUUUUCGUACGAGCCAGCCGCGACGUCUCGCAGCAACCAGGAUCUACCUGUUCUAUGGACGGCCCAUCACACGCGGCAAGAUCCACACGUUUCGUUACAAAAGUCUCCCUAUUCAACUCAUACCAAAGCACCCCUGGACGACCUGGACGCGGGAUCGGGAUCGGUCCUGCUUGAACCUUGUCGAGCAUCGGU